AUGGAGGGUCCGUUUAAAAAAUCGCUCAUUCAAAUAUCACGCCUUCAGUUGGGUCAGCUGAACACAGAAGAUCUAUCGACCGAUCAAAUAGAAGGGGUAGAACAUCUGAGGCAAUUUCUGGAAAACGAUAACAACUUGACGGUUUAUUCCUACUUAAGCAACAACGGGAAUUUAAUAUUUUCGGAAAAGUUGCCUAACUUCGAUGUGGAAAAAGCAUUGAUAUUCAAUAAACCAACCCCCAUAUCAACUAGUUCAGGAGACUUCCUGAAGCGUUUGCAAGUGAACUCGAUUUCUGGUAAACCGACCCUGGACCUUUUGGGGUUUUUAAACAAAAUAUUCGCGCCCAGUCUUCAAAAGCAUUACGACAAAAGUACCAUAAGAAACAUCCUUGCCCUACAGUCGAACUUAAGGAACGUAAUUGUGACGGAAAAUGCCCUCGAAUAUCAGAACCAAAGUGACUUUUCUGUAUUAAAUUUUUAUAAUCAGCCAUUUUAUGUUCAUUUUAGCAUAAUAGAAUCCUUGACCUUCCUGGAAGUAGAAGAUCUACUGGAAAGGUGCCACAACACCUUGGACGACCUUUGGCGGUGCGACCCGGGGUUUCCCAAAGAUAGAAUGCGACAUCUUAUGGAUAUAAUAGGGUCUGAUGUAUGGAAACACUCUGUAAAGCAACUAGGGGACUGUGACAUUUUCAAAGACGAUUACAAUAAAGUUUUGGAGAAAUCUGUGCAGUGUAUAACGCUUGCAGAGAAAUGGUUGACUACUUGCACACAGUUAACCGGUUUGUUUUGGCCAAAUUAUAUUAUGAAUCCGUGGAAGGAGGAUGUUUAUCAGCCUAUAGAGUUACUACAGUUUGUUUCUACGCUUCGGGAGGUAAUAAACGUGAGGACGGUCCACAAACAACUACUAAGGUUAUCCACGGCGGAGGAACAAAACGAUUUAAGUUGCGACAAGGUGUUUAAGCCCUUCGAAGACGUAGAUGUUCUAAGGUACGACGAUGCGCCACCGAGUAAUUUAAAGAGAGCUCUUAAAGAAUUCGAGGGUUUACUGAGACCGGCCGAAGAGAGGGUGGGGUUUAAACUGAAAAAACAACUGAUGACAGUUAACGCCAAUACUAGACAGCUCCUCUACGAAUUCACUCGAUACUCCGAACUAAUAAACCGUCCAGUCCUAAAGGAAACCUUAAAAGCGGAACGUCAGUUUCUAUUAAAAUCCUUGAGCGAGUACAUCGGCCAAAUCCAGAACCAAUCCAACCUGGAAAUAACGAAAAUAGCAACGAGACAAGAAACCUCGGAAACCAUACGAGAAAUUAUUCACGUGCGUCAACUGGAAGCUAAAGCGAACGAAGUACUUUUGGUUGUGGAAAAGUUGCUGGACGAUCUGGAGGGUUAUGUCGCGACCAGAGAGUUUACUAUGGGUGUGCUUGACGAGCUUAAAAGUCAGCAUACCGAGCUGUUUGACGCGUGGAGUUCGGAUAUUGUUGCUGAUAUUAACAGCAAUAAGUUGAGCUUAAAGGAAACAGAUCCGGUAAUUCAAUUUUCGCGUGACAAGCUGAUGAAAGUGAAUUAUUCCGCGAGACUAAUCACCCUUAUCGCCGAAGUGAGACAGUUGCGAGCCAUGGGGUAUCACAUACCGUCCCUCGUAGAAGAAACCUCGGAGCAUGCCAAAAAGUUUAUGAAGUUCGCUAAAACCCUUGAACAGAUUGCGAAUUUUCAUAAUACAAUAGGGAACAGGAUGAUCCCGUGCCAAAAACCGUUAAUGUUGACCAGUGCCUUGGAACUGUCCAAACUGGUUCAAGAACAGGAGGUGGUCUCUUGGGGCGAGGAGAAACACGUGGAGAAAUACGUGGACACCCUUAGGAAAACGGUGGAAAAAUUGUCUCAGAGUAAUAAUUUGUUGACCGGGUAUUAUGUGGAAAUCAUUGAAAAGAUAAAAGAACUUGAAAACGUCAGUUUACUAAAGGACCUACCGCGAUGGACCGAAACAAUUAAAAAUAUAAGAACCAUCAUCGCGAACGUGGAGAACAAGGGUUAUAAAAACCUGCAGCAAUGGAAAUCCGAGGUGGACAUCAAAAUCUGUGAAGUUCUCGAGAGAGAGUUCGCGAAAAACUUGAACUCGUUGCACCUAAGCCUAGAGGAAAUUCGGGUCGAUUUGGUUUAUAGAAAUUCCGAAUUGGAUUUCUCUCCUAAUAAGCAGACGUUGGAGCAAAUGUACGAGCAACAGCUGAAAAAGUACCUGAACAUACCGAAAACGUUUAAGGGAAUCUCGGAUAAUGCGGCCGAUAUUUAUUCGAAGAUCAUCGAAAGGAAUGAAGACAUUUUGGCACACGUAUCCAAGAAGAAGAACGACCUGUUCAAGCAACUGGAUGACGUGGCCAACCACUGGAAGUCCUGGCUACAGUUAGACCCUCUGGAUCCGAAGAAAUUGACCACGUGGCAACAUUGGGACUUACAUUUUAGGGCUUCCAAGACUUUCGGCCAAGAAAUCGCUAAAUUACCCAGUACCGAAGAAAAACUGGGCUGUUUCACGAUCUGCUUGUCCAGACUAAGAUCGGACUUGGAGUCGCACAAUAGAAGUUACUGGGAUCAGUUGGUUUACUCGUUAAAAGACUCCAUAGCUGAGGACGUGGUAAAAUUGCAAAAUUACAUCGAUCCCUCUACCGCCGCUUUGACCAAACAGCCGGUUACUUUGGAGGAAAUCGGUGAGAGUGGGUUUAAGUAUAGCAGCGUUAUUUCUGCACAUGGAGAGAUGGAAACUACCUUCAAAGAAAUGCUAAACAAAUCCCAAACCUUAGCCAGCUGGUCCAGAGAACAAGUCGACUCAGUGAAUCGGUUAAAAGGAGCAUGGGAAAGGUUGGGCAGUUUAAUUAAUAACCAUCAACAUAUUAUGGCAAAACAGAUGGAAACGAUUAAAACAUCCCUGAACAUCGAACAGGAGAACGUACUGAAAGAAAUCGAACGAUUUGAAGCGAAAUGGAGUCAAAUAAGCAGCAAUCAUAACUCAUUCGAUACGAACACUAAAACUAUUGAAGGCGUGAAUAAAUUGUUUCAAGAAAUCAAGACCAAACGGAAGGAAUGGAGUGUGAUAGUGGAGAAACGGAAUUGUUUAAACUUGAACUAUGACAAGUUUAGUCUGGAGAAGCCGGAUAUUGCUAUAGCGGAGGAAGUGGAGAAGGCUUUAAAGGAAGAGGAGGAGUCCUGGAAGCUGUUUGAGGAGUUUAACACUGACUUUGAAAAGUAUGGCAGUCAAUAUUGGAUAGUGUUUAGGAAAAAACAUUACGAGCUAGAGGACUUCAUUAAUUCCUGGGAAGAUAAAUUCACAAUAAAACCAAAACCCGACUACGCCCCGGUGAUCUUACAAGAACUCCAAAACUAUAAGGACAUAGUGCCAGUGUUAAAAUACGUUAAGGGCGAGGAUUUUAGCGAGAAACACUGGAACGACCUGUUUCACAUGUUGAACCAGACCCCAAAAGCUACCGAUCAGAUUUUAUUAAAAGACUUUUUAAAUGCACACGAAGAAAUCAAAAGUUGCGCCAAACAGUUGCAGGAUUUAUGUAAGAAAGCGGCAAGUGAAAUCGUUAUAAGGCAGGCCCUAAAGGAUAUUGACCAAUGGGAGGCGCAGACCAAGUUCGUGCUUGCUGCUCAUCAAGAUUCCCGUGGGAAGUCUCUGAUGCUGGUUAAGAAAUUUAAGGAUGUUUUGAAUGCUAUAGGAGAUCACCAGAUCUUACUGCAAUCCCUAAAACAUUCCUCCACCUUCGACAGUUUCGCUGAAAAAUCCACCUCCUGGGAAACAAAACUGGAGAACUUAAAUGGCCAUUUAAACUCCUUAGCUCAAAUUCAGAAAAGGUGGUUGUAUUUGGAACCGAUAUUUGGGAGCGGUACCUUGGCCCAAGAAAAAGUCCGGUUCGACCGAUUGGAUAAGGAUUUCCGUAAAAUUAUGACGUUCAUCGAGAAGGACACCCGCGUUACAGAAAUCUGCAAAUAUCCGAACGUUAAGGCCAUAUUGGAAUCUAUAUUGGAGCAGUUGACACGUUGCCAACACAGUUUGGAUGAUUUCUUGAAAGUAAAAAGAGAAGCUUUUUCGCGAUUCUUAUUCCUAAGUGACGAUGACCUCCUGGAAAUCGUAGGACAAUCAAGCAAGGAGCAAGUGAUCCAGACCCACUUGAGAAAACUGUUCGCUGGCAUCCACUCGGUUAAACUGGAUACUUCCGGUGAUAAUAUUGUUGCCAUGUGCUCGUUGCAAGGCGAGGAGGUCAGAUUAGGGCAUCCAGUGGCAAUUAGAAGACCUGUUGAGGAAUGGUUAGGAGAGUUAGUGAAGGUCAUGCAAAUAACUUUGAAGGAACUGCUGGUGAAUUGCCAAAGGGAAACUCAAGCACCAGAUCCCCUAAAGUAUCCAUCGCAAAUUUUGUGUUUAUCGGAUAAUAUCUCUUUUACUUUAAAAUGUGAACAGGCUCUAAGCAGUAUGAGUUUGACCACUUUACUAGCAAAAUACAAGGCCCAAUUGAACGAGCUUAGUUCGUUGGAACUUAAUUCAGACGUCAGUAACACUCUGGAGCUUAAAUUGAAAUCCCUUUUAAUAGAUACCAUUCAUCACAUAAGGGUUCUGGAGGAAUUAUUAAAUAGGAACGUUACUAAAGUGUCGGAAUGGACUUGGCAGAAGCAGCUAAGGUAUUAUGCCAAUUCGGUGGGCGACGUGACAGUUAAAAUGGGAAAAGCCAGGAUGAAUUAUUCCUACGAAUAUUUGGGGAAUGACCCUAAACUUGUGAGGACCCCUUUGACGGAACGUUGCUUUUUAACACUCACACAAGCAAUGCAUUUGGGUUUGGGAGGAAACCCAUAUGGUCCAGCGGGCACAGGUAAAACGGAGUCAGUAAAAGCCUUGGGUGCGAUGUUGGGCAGACAAGUGUUGGUUUUUAAUUGCGAUGAGGGAAUUGAUGCAAACUCAAUGGAGAGAAUCCUAAUAGGAUUAGCGAAAACGGGAGCGUGGGGUUGUUUUGACGAAUUCAACCGUCUGGACGAGACCACUUUAUCCGCCAUCUCGAUGCACAUCCACAUUAUCCAGGACGGGCUUAAGAAUAAUGUCGAUGCUGUCCAACUGGGAGACCAACAAGUUAGGAUCGAUAAACAUUGCGGGAUUUUCGUCACUCUCAAUCCAGCAGGAGCGGAAUACGGCGGCAGAAAUAAACUGCCUGAUAAUCUGAAACAAUUGUUCAGGCCUAUAGUGAUGACCCAUCCUGAUCAUGAAGAGAUCGCUCGCACUUGUUUGCACUGUGACGGAUAUCGGUAUGCGGACGUUAUCGCCAAGAAGAUCGUUGAAGUGUUCGAUAUGUCCAGAAACCUGAUGAGCAAACAACAGCACUACGACUGGGGUUUGAGAGCCAUCAAAAGCAUAUUGUCGGGCUGUCAAGCCGCAAUAAAACAACACAACCAAUCGGAAAAUAAAUCGGGAAACUCUCUGGAUCAAGGAGAAGAGUUCGCCCUAGUCGUCAGCACUCUAAAAACCGACAUAUCCUCAAAAUUAACGUUUUCCGAUGCCCUCAAGUUUAGCGAAAUUAUUGGGAAUGUUUUCAAGGGCGUACCCGCUGAAACUGUUCACGAUGAUGCGUUGAAGAAAAUCAUUGUCGAGUGUUAUCGGGAAUUGAAUCUGAUAAUUAACGAACAGCAGAUAAACAAAUGUUUGGAAUUCUAUAAGCAACUGAAGCAACGAAUGGGCGUGGCUUUAAUUGGACCGCCCAGUUCUGGGAAAACCACAAUAAUCCAGAUUGUAUCCAGAGCGGUUGCCAAACUGAACCAGAAAAUCAAGUUGUAUCCGGUGAAUCCCAAGAGUGUUUCGCGUCAGCUUCUAUUGGGCCAUAUGGACCACUUGAAUCAGUGGAACGAUGGCAUUUUGACCAGUUAUAGUUUGCAAGUUUCUUCGGAACCGGAGGUAUAUUUAAGAAAGUUUUUCUUUCCUUAG